UUUUGGGCAAACCGAAAUGUCACUCUAAGAUUUUCAUCUUAGUAAUUGAGUAUUUUUGGUUUCGUGGUUUGCUUUGUUUUGUUACGCUAUCAAAUAUCUAAUAUCUACAUUUUCUAUAAUUUUAAAUUUAUUUUAUUAUUAUUUUGCAGAAGCAUUUAGAUAUGACCCCGAAUCCUUUAGCUGAUCUCAUGCGAUGCGUGCAAUUUGCUGCUCACAAACAUAAGGAUCAACGCAGAAAGGAACCCAGCAAACCACCGUUCAUUAAUCACCCCAUUAACGUUGCAACAAUUUUAGCUGUUGAAGCUAAUAUCGACGAUAAGGAAGUGCUACAAGCUGCUCUUCUUCAUGAUACCGUUGAAGACACCGACACGACUUUUGAAGAAAUUGAAACGGCAUUUGGAAAGAAUGUCGCUGAUAUUGUUCGAGAAGUAACCGAUGACAAAAGUCUACCGAAACUUGAAAGAAAACAACUUCAAAUCGAACAUGCGAAGACUUCAAGCACAAAGGCAAAAUUAGUCAAACUAGCUGAUAAGUUAGAUAAUCUCAGGGAUUUACAAAUUGUUCUACCCGAAGGAUGGCCCCAGGAACGCGGUGAAGAAUUUUUCGUUUGGGCUAAGAAAGUUGUUGACAAUCUUCGUGGAACCAAUGAAAUUCUGGAAUCAAAACUUGAUGAAAUUUUCAGACACAAAAAUCUACUUCAAUGAUUUAUUUAUGUUAUUUAUGUUUUACUUUAAUAAACUAAGACUGUCCAAAUAAAUGUUCUCAUUAACAUUUUAA